CAAAAAAAAGUCUCUUUUAUUUGUAACCAAGUAAUUGUUGUUCUGAAUAUGCCUGUUAUGAUUUGUGGGUAUCAACUAGCUGUUACACUGAAACACAUUUUAUUUUAAAAUAAUUGUUAAAUUUGUGACAUUAUUUUCCCUCACAAUAAUACAAAUAAUAGGGCACGUAUGAAAAUGUUUAAUGCCCUCCUGAUGUACCUAAAAGACUACAUUGUACUGUUGCUUUGCCCAUUUGCUGUUCUCUUUAUUAAAAAUCCAUCAAUAUUGCUUUGCAGAUUCACGCCAGUAUUAAAGUAAAGAACAUGUCAAAACAACAUUGUUUACAGGCAGGUGCGCACAGGCAUCUUCCUCCUGCGGGGCCUGCAUCCUGAAGCCAGUUAGCUAGUUGUAGUUUUAUUUGCACCAUUAAAAUCUGGAUUUAAGAGGUCAAUAAAAGUGGUUUGCUUAUAGUGGUAACUUGUACUCAUUGGCUAACCUACAGAUUAUGUUCUGGUUUAGAAAUCUCAACCAGAAAUUUGAUUAAAUAGUGGGGAGCAAAGUAAUGUGUUAUAAAAAAAAUUUUUACUUGACACACACCAUGUAAACCUGCCAAAUCAUAUUUUACAACUUUCAAGAGUUUUCUUCAAUAAUGGUUUGCUGGGUUUUGAGGGACCAAACUCUUUGUAAAGCUAUAUAUGUUUAGUCUCUGUGGAGAUUUACUUCAAGUGACCAACUACUUGCCUAGCAAUUCCAUGGAUGUGCUUAAACUGGGAUGUUUUUAACAUUUUUCAUAGGAAUGAAAAUGAGUGGGUUAGUGGACAUGGUUUUUGAAGCAUAAUGAACCUGUAUUAAAUACACUAUUAAUGUGUAUGACCAGCUAAGUUUCCUAAACUGGUCAGAAACUAAUUUAUCCAUAAAAAAAUAACAAAGGUUCCAACUGAAGACCUUUUUUCAGUGACGUUGCAGAAAACCCAUUGGUGGUUCUCUAAAGAACCUUCUUCCAAUUAUAAUUUUAUAACACUCCAAAUCAAUUCUCGAGCAUUUUUUUCUAUUAUAAUGAAACAUUCUGUAAAAUCAAAGGUGUUUUUAUAAUAAGGGUCUAUAAAGCAAGACUCGAUGUCGAUAAAGAUUUCUGAAAAAUCCCUAACCACAGAUCAGGUUAUAUUGAUUUAAGUUUCCUCCCACAUAGGCUAUACUGUAUACGCACAGGAAUAUACAGUGUAACUUUUAUAUCUUGUAAAUCUGACUUCAUAAUGUUUAUUCUCUGGCUUGCGUUGCGCAUGGGCCGUGAGGAUGACAAGCGGCAUUCUUCUGAGUUUGGGACUGCUGUGUCAGCUGAUCCGGGAUCGGGACCGCUCCAUUCAUACUGGAGCUCCUGCGCUGAGCGGAUCAUCUUGGAGCUCCUGAGCACCAUCAAUAUGUACCCAAAGCCAACGCUAUUAUUCAAACUUGGAUAAAAAAACGACUUAACCAUGCGCACACACUCGUACCAAUGGAUACGCGUUCGACUCGCGCUGGAGAUGUCGGGGACACUUUGAUUUACUUGUCCUCAUCGUUCCUGAAAGUCUGCAACUGUUGUAGGAGUUAUUCCGCAGUAAGGAAGUACUUGAUUGUAGCCGUGGUGUGCUUUGGUUAUCUGUUUUUCACAGUUCAUGUUAGUCACACGUCCACUCGACAAGAUAAACGCCCGGAACUGUGGACUGGAAAUGGCGUUUAUUCUCAGAGUAAAACUGACCAGGGCCUCACCGAUGGGGAGGUGAAUGAAUCCGUGAGUCCGACCAGAGUAAAUGUGGUGUAUAUAACGCUCAAAUCCAAGCGGCACAAACCAGCCAUCAUCAGGGGCACGGUGCGACCCAAACUCCGGAGAAAGAAAGUUAAAGUGAAACAGCAGGAUGGCAUACCGGACAGAGAGAAGAGCGAGAGGCAAAGCACAAAUACUUCUGGCGGGCGACUGCCAUAUUCUGAGUUUGAUGGCAGGAACGGUGAUUAUUCAUCCAUCAGGAUUUACAGUACAAGAGCUCCUCCGUGGUUCAGCAAUGAGGACAUCACCGCCAUGCGCUUUCUAGCGGAUAGCAAAAUUACGCAAAUUGAUGAAGUUGCACACCGCGAUUUUUCUUCUUUGAUUUUGUUCAAAAGUGCGACGAAUCGUAGCGACAAUGCCACAAAGUGUUGCGGUGUUGUCAAGCGGCCCGUGGACAUGAGUGAAGUGUUCGCCUUUCAUCUGGACAGGAUCCUGGGACUGAACAGAACCUUGCCAGCUGUCAGCAGGAGAUUCCACUCUCUUGGAGAAGGACAGCCUUGUCCGGUGGUUUUGUGGGAUCCUUCUCUAGGCCCCGUAGCAGAUCAACCCUCUGAGAAACUGAACUGGGGCUCAUAUCAAACCUCUCUCAAACACAAGUGCUGGCAUCGUGGCGUCACACCCAAACCAGAGUGGGGCUGUAGCAGCAUACACCACCACGAAUGGAGCAAACUGGUAGUCUUUGAUUUCCUUCUGCAGAUUUAUGAACGGCUUGAUAAAAACUGUUGUGGAUUCAAGCCCCGUCCAGAAGACACCUGUGUUGAGCUUGGUUACCAUGAGGAAUGUAGAGACAAGGACAGUAUAGAGCUAACACACAUAAUCCACCGCAGACAUGACCCACACCACCUGGUCUUCUUCAACAACAAGGGCUACUUUGACCGAGAUGAGGACAAUCUGGACUUCAGGCUACUUGAGGGCAUCAAAGAGCUACCAGAUCAGUGUGUGUCCGUGUUGAUGUCUCAGCGUCUCAGAGAAAAGCUCCUGCAAUCGCUGUUUCUGGACCAGGAGUACUGGGACAGUCAGGGCGGUCGGCAAGGCAUUGAAAAACUCAUUGACGUAAUUGAGAGAAGAGCCAAAGUCUUGCUCACGUACAUCAAUGCCCAUGGGAUUAAAGUAGUACCUAUGAACUCUUGACAGACGAGGCUUCAGUUUUCAAUGUGUAAGACGAAGCACCAACCUUUCGAUUUCCAGUAAAUGAUGUUUUUGAACCAUUAUGGCAGUGAAGACAUAAAAAAAGUAAAACUCUUCCGGUCGCAAUUCUCUGCACUACAGAAAUGUGUGUGUUGUAAGUGGUCUCCAGUUUAAGAUGGAGUCAAGGGGUCAUUUUUGUUAUUGACAUUCCUCAGGUUAAAGGUGCUGUAAGUGAUAGGAUCCGUUUCGUUAACUUCCACCACAAUUAGCCUCUUCAUUUGACCACCUCUGCUGUCAAAAAUCAUGUCCAUUAGCAAGCCUGAAGUUGAGCAACACAAAUGCUGUUUUUUUUUUUGGUUUUGUUUUUGUUUACACAACUAUUAUGUUCUCAAACAUACAGUACAAUUCACCAUUUCUAUCUCUUU